AUGGCGCUCGAAGCGUUUGCCCCCCUUAUGCAGGGAGAAAAUACAUUUUUUCUGGUGACCAACUUCAUUAGUACAAUGAAGCAAACCCAAGGCACCUGUCCUGAGAGCCCCUCUGUUCUCGAUGGGAUUUGCAGAGAAGAUGCAGACUGUCCCAUGGGAAACCCAGUGGUUCAUGGCAAUGGGAUAAAAACUGGGAAAUGUGUGAAGUACAACACCAGCCAUUCUACCUGCGAGAUCUACAGCUGGUGUCCGGUGGAGAACGGCACCCUGCCCAGGAAACCUCUUCUGGCUGAGGCGGAGAAUUUUACUCUUUUUAUAAAAAAUACUGUGAACUUCACCAAAUUUAACUUCUCCAAGGACAACACUCUGCAAACCAAUGAUUCCACCUAUUUCAAGAGCUGCAGGUAUGAUCCGUUUACCAACCCAUCCUGCCCAGUCUUCCGCAUCCGCGACAUGGUGGAGGCAGCUGGAGAGACCUUUGGCAAUCUGGCGUUGCUGGGGGGCUGCAUUGGAGUUGACAUCAAGUGGGACUGUGAUCUGGACCACCCUGCUGCCCAGUGCCAGCCUCAGUACUCCUUCCAGCUGCAGGACAGGAACUACAAUUUCAGAACUGCCACCUACUACUGGGAUCCCCAAAAAAGGCACUACCGGAGCCUGCUGAAGCUCUAUGGAAUCCGCUUUGACAUUUCUGUGCAUGGCGAGCAGGCUGGGAAAUUCGGCAUCGUUCCCCUUGCCGUGAGCCUCGGCACCGGUGUCGCGCUCCUGGGUGCUGUCACCGUGGUGUGUGACCUGGUUCUGCUCUACCUGGAUGCAAAGGCUGACUUCUAUUGGAAAGAGAAGUUUGAGGAGGCAAAACCCCCAAAAGAUAAGGCAGAGGUCACAGCAGAGCCAUGAUGGCUUGGCCAGAGCAGCGGGGUUUUUCAGC